AUGGAGAUCCCAGACCACCUAGUCGAGAAGUACACUGCGGAGCGGACAAAGCGACUUCGCUCCGGCCAACUCGCGCAGUUCGUCGACUUUUGUGACCCAGAACUCGCUUGCAUGGAAAAAGACCCCUAUGUCAACUAUGACGCACUAGCUUCCAGGGGUGUCCCACUCAAGGACGGGUCCGAGGUCAAGGUCCUGAUUGCUGGUGGAGGAAUGUUUGGGGUGAUGACAGCUCACCAGCUGGUGAAUAAAGCCGGCAUUUCCAGCAGCGACAUCGUCAAAAGCUGGUACCCAGGCGUAGCGUACGAUAUCGAAGGGUAUUGUUACGUGCCAUUGCUGGAGGAAACUGGUUCCUACGGCCAUGAAAUCCGGGAGCAUCUCAAACGGAUAACCAACCUGUCCAACAUUCAAGGCCAAUUCUGCACCACUAUCAAACACCAAAAGUGGGACGAUGAGGUAAAGCGUUGGGUAGCGACUCUGGAUCAGUAUCUGGGACCUAACCAUGGGCGACAACAACUGACUAUUCGUGCUCAAUUCCUGGUUCUUGACGGUGGAAUACAAACCUCUCCUCAUGCCCCAAAAUUGAAUGGCAUCGACACAUUCAGUUCAGCGCCGGAUAAGGUUGUCAUGCAUACAGGACGCCGGGAUUGGUCCAAGACUGGCGGCUCCCAGGAAGUCCCAGACAUGACAAAACUUCAAGGGAAGCGGAUUGGAAUCAUUGGCACCGGGGCCACUGCAGUUCAAGUUGCACCCCAUGUGGCCAAGUGGGCAGGCCAUACCUACGUCUUCCAACCGUACAAGCCCGGCUGGCAGCACGAGCGUGUGGCGAACCUGGAUGCGAUAUGUACAGGUCAGCCGGUUGAUGAGGAUAUGAUACAGGAUGGCUGGACUCAAGUAACCGGGAUGAGAGCCGCACUGGGUCAUAAGGGCGAGGUCAUCGCUGCGGAUGAAGAGGAAGAUCAUGUCAAGAAGAUGUUGAACCUCGACUAUCCGUGGAUGGAAAAGAUACGAGCUCGCGUUGACGCCGAGGUGAUGGACCCUUCGGUCGCCUAG